GUGAAAUUAAACUUAACUCUGACUAUAAGGUGCAGCACAUAGCUUCAGCUCUCACGGUCACAACAGGGGACAAUUAACAGAUACGUGCAACUACACUAAAACAGCGAUGGAACGAGGACGAGGAGGGACUCGGAAGAUUCUGUUCCUGUUGACACUCUGUCUGCAAGACUUCACUGGUCAAUGCCAAGAUUCAGGGCAGCCCUCUGAACUAAGGAUUGUUCUGGUAGGGAAGACUGGAUCAGGGAAGAGUGGAACAGGAAACACCAUCCUGGGGAGAAAGUCGUUUAAAGAAGCCUUCUCCCCUGAGUCUGUCACUGAUCACAGUGAGAAACAGAGUGGAGUGGUGGAGGGCAGGAAGACUGAUGUCAUCGACACCCCGGGGCUCUAUGACACAACCAUGUCUCAAGAAGAGAUGAAAAGUGAGAUAGAAAAGGCCAUCUAUAUGUCAGUCCCAGGACCCCACGCCUUCCUGCUGGUGAUCAGACUGGGGAGGUUCACAGAGGAGGAGAGGAACACUGUGAAGUGGAUCCAGGAGAACUUUGGAGAAGAAGCCUCAAUGUACACCAUCAUUCUGUUCACCGGUGGAGACCAGCUGGAGGACAUAUCAAUGGAGGACUAUGUGAAUGAGAGUCAGGGGCUUAAGAAACUCGUCAAGGUCUUUGAGGGCAGAAAUCAUGUCUUCAAUAAUAAAAAGAAGAAUGACAACAAUCAGGUCACAGAGCUGCUGAAGAAGAUAGAUGAGAUGGUGAUGAAGAAUGGAGGACAACACUACACCAAUGAAAUGUACCAUGAGGUCCAUUGGAAAAUCGAAGAUGAGGAGGAGAGGAAGAAACAGGAAGAGGAGAAGAGAGAACAGGAGAAGAGGGAGAAACAGGAAGCGGAGAUCAGAAAACUGGAAGAGAAGGUGAGAGAGGAGGAGAGGAAGAAACAUGAGGAGAUCAGGAAACAGGUAGACGAGGCGAGAGAGGAGGAAAGGAAGAAACAGGAGGAGAUCAGGAAACAGGUAGACGAGGCGAGAGAGGAGGAAAGGAAGAAAGAAGAGGAGAGACAAGAGGAGAUGAGGAAGAAGAAGUCAAAGGACCUAUGGGGAAAAGUUGUGGGAUUGGUAGCAACUGUUGCCACAGCGGUGGUAGCAGGACCAGCAGCAAUUCCAGUUGGAGUUGCUGUACUUGCAAAAGAGGUAGCUGAAGAUCUAAUUGAACAUUUACAAGAUUCUCAGUAAGUAAAGAUGAGGAAGAGGUGGCAGUGUGAAGUACCACUCUCUUCCUCAUCUUAAUGUCAAGUAGUAGCAGUAGAUUAAUACUGUACAAUGACAACCAUCAGGGGUUGUUCAACACUUUCUAACAUGAUUAGUUAUAUAACAUGUUUAUUAUUCAGAGCAUCAGGGAUAAUAACAUAGGAGGCUGUUCAGAAAAAUGUGUACUCCCUCUAUCCUCCCUCCCUGGUCUGUGUACUCCCUCUAUCCUCCCUCCCUGGUCUGUGUACUCCCUCUAUCCUCCCUCCCUGGUCUGUGUACUCCCUCUAUCCUCCCUCCCUGGUCUGUGAACUCCCUCUAUCCUCCCUCCCCCGGUCUGUGUACUCCCUUUAUCCUCCCUCCCUGGUCUGUGUACUCCCUCUAUCCUCCCUCCCUGGUCUGUGUACUCCCUCUAUCCUCCCUCCCUGGUCUGUGUCCUCCCUCCCUGGUCUGUGUCCUCCCUCCCUGGUCUGUGUUCUCCCUCCCUGGUCUGUGUACUUCCCCUACCCUUUCUCCCUGGUCUGUGUACCUCCCCUACCCUUUCUCCCUGGUCUGUGUACUCCCUCUAUCCUCCCUCCCUGGUCUAUGUUCUCCCUUUACCCUCCCUGGCUCAGCACUAAGUAGAACAAUUAUUACUUCAGCAAUUACAAUAAAAUAACUUCUAUAUUAUAUAAUUGCAUUUUUGUAUGUGUUUAAUCCGGUUCAUACCAUGACAUCGUUGAAUACUCAUUUCUGAUUGGCUUGACGGGCAUUCUAGAGCAUCCAUUAUUUCCUGAUAUAUAAGUUAGAACUGUAUAUAACACACUGUAUAUUUGUAAGGUAGAACUCAAUAGCUAUAGUUCAUUCUUACAUGUUCUACGUUUGGCAUUGUUGAAUUCAAUUUUCAUAAUAGAAAGCUAUGACUGAUGUUUUGGUUAGAUAAACUAGCGAGUCUGUUUGUUUGGUUACCAAGGCAACUACAGUAGCUAGCUAAUAAACUUGCUAGCAACUUCA